AUGGGGAUCACGAAGCUUAUGUUCGCUGCUUCGAUAAGCGCCUUCGCGGCUGGUGUGCUUGGAAGCACAUUCGAGCCUGUCGACUUCAAUGUAACGGAAGCGCUACUCGCCAACGGUCUCGAUGUAACUGCUAUUCCUGGCCUGGCAGGUCUGGCGGAAAGAUCUUCGUCUGGGGCUUGCUCCACAGCUUGCGCAGCUCUUCGAUUUACUUUCGGCAACGGGACUGUGCUGUCAGAAGGAAGUGCAGCGUACGACAACUUCACCAGCGACUAUUGGGCAGCUCAGCAAGCCGCUGUAGACCCAUUUUGCGUGUUCAAGCCCAGCAAUGCCAAACAAGUCUCAACUGUUGUGCUCUUGUCUCGAUUUACGCAGUGUCCCUUCGCUGUCAAAGGGGGCGGACAUGCUGCAUUCGCAGGAGGAUCCAGCAUCGAGGGAGGCAUUACUAUCGCCCUGGAAAAGCUCAACGAGAGGAGCCUAUCGUCAGACAAGAAGAUCGCUUCCGUCGGUCCAGGUAACCGGUGGGCCGAUGUGUAUCCUUGGAUCGAGCAGUACGGACUUGAAGUCAUUGGUGGCCGAAUCUCUUCGGUUGGUGUUUCUGGAUUGACUCUUGGAGGAGGUAUCUCUCACUACGCGAAUGCUUACGGAUGGGCUUGCGACAACAUCGACUCAUUCGAGGUUGUGACAGCCUCAGGCAUCAUCGUGAAUGCGAGUGCCACCAAAUACUCCGAUCUUUAUUGGGCUCUUCGUGGAGGUGGCAACAAUUUUGGCAUUGUCACCAAGUUCAACAUGAGAACCUUCGUCCAAGGUGAAAUGUGGGGCGGGCAACGUGCUCACACUGAGGAUCAAUGGGACAAAGUCUAUGCGGCCUACUACAACUAUGCCGUCAACGCAGAGAAGGAUUUGAAGCAAGCUCAGAUCGUGUCAUUCGCACUCCAGGCCGGCAUGAAAAUUGCGGCCGAAGAUCUUGAGUACUCCGACCCUACGCCAUGGCCUCCUGUAUUCGACGAAUGGAAAGCCAUUCCAGCCAUCAUCGACCAAACUGCCAUUGCAAACAUGUCGACUUUGGCCAACCAGCUUGGUGCGGGAGCUCCGGAUGGCGUCCAAGAGACGUAUUGGGACCGCACCUUCAAGGUAGACAAAGACAUCUUUAAGGCCUUCAUCGACAUCUUCUUCGAUAUGCUGCCCGCAAUCCAAGACGCUGCUGGAAUCCUACCUGUCCUGUCUUUCCAAGCAAUCACUGUCCCGGCAAUGCAACAUAUGCAACAGAAUGGUGGAAAUGCACUUGGUCUUGACCCCAAUGAUGGUCCGAUCUUCAUCUGUAACCUUGCCAUUCUCUGGACGGAUGUCGCGGACAACUCCCGUAUCAUGUCUUUCAGCAACAGCCUGUAUGAGCGACUUGUCGAGGAAGCGGCGAAGAAGGAUCUGAACUCCGACUUCAUUUACAUGAACUACGCAUCGCCGUACCAAGAUGUAGUCGCUAGCUAUGGGGCUGCCAACAAGCAGAAACUGAAGAGCAUCUCUGGCGUUUACGACCCUACUGGCGUCUUCCAAAAACUUCAGCCCGGCUACUUCAAGCUCGAGGGAGCACCGUAUGGGGCGUUCCCGGCAUAG